AGUCGAUUUUUGGGCGUAGGUUUUCGCGUUUGCCUUUUAUUUAUUUCAGCGGCUAUUUUGAGUUUUGAUAAUUUGCGAAAUUUUGAAAUAUAUUUUACGUUAAUUUUUCGCGUGUUGCGUUUAUCUCAUCGAUCCCGUUUUUCUCUGCAAAUAGCCGGCACUAAAAAUAAGCCUUCUCUGGUUGUCGGCUUCGUGGGGAAUCGCAUAGCGCGCGGGUAUUUCUCUGUGCUCUGCCCAAAACCAUCGCCACGGGCGGAUUUACAUGAUCGACGACCUCAUGUUUAUUCAUGUAUCCUCUCCGUAUGGUCAAAUUAAUACACGCCGCCGCGAUAAUUACCAAUGCCGGACAUACAUCCGCUUCAACAUCUAUCGCGAUCACAUAAGUGCGAUGUCGCGCAUUAUUCAUCGAGAUUCAUCCAAGCAUAUUGCAGCAUAUUAGUUAAAAUUCUAAAGGAGGCAAGUAGAAAAUGCCGCGCGCGCGAACGGAAGUGUUCGACGUGAUGGAAGUGGAGAAACCAUCGAGGUGCAUCAGGUUUCUCCGGUUGCUGUGGAAAUUCAGCAGAUGCGUCUUCUCUCACGUGACGUUAAUCUCCUUGGUGGUUGCUUAUUGUCUAAUUGGUGCAUAUGUCUUCGUAUCACUGGAGGCGAAUCAUGAGAGGGAGGUGAAGAAGAGCAUCAAGAGUAUACGAGAAAACGUUUCUGAAAAGCUAUGGGAAAUUACGAAAGAUUUCGACGUAUUGAUUCGCGAAAAUUGGACGGAGCAGGCGUUGAGCGAACUAAAGAAAUUCGAAAAAUGCCUUCUGGACAAAAUGGAGAAGGAAGGAUGGGAUGGCUUCGAAAAGGAGGAUAAUACUCAAUGGACAUUCGCCGGUGCUCUCUUCUAUUCCAUCAUCGUCAUCACGACGAUUGGAUAUGGUCACAUUGCACCAAAAACGAAAAAUGGAAAAGUAGUGACUAUUUUUUAUGCUAUUCUCGGCAUUCCGCUCAUGUUGCUCUGCCUAUCAAAUAUCGGAGAUGUAAUGGCAUCGAGUUUUAGGUUUCUAUAUUGGAAAGUGUGCUGUUACGUAUGCACAAAACCACCAAAAAAACGGCGAGGGCGUAACAAUCUGGUUAGAUCGUAUUCUGUUCGUCAACCAGGGCGAUAUGGCUCUAGCAGAGGCCCAUUUCGCCGAUCCAUUAGAGUGAGUCAACGAUCAGCAGAUUCGGCCUUAGGGCUCUCCGAAAGUAUGACAAAAUCAUCGUACUCUGAUACUGAUUGUCGGUAUAUGUCUCGACGAUUGGAAGGAGGUGAAUCAAAAGCAAUUGCUUAUACCCCUUCUACAAAUCAUCCAACAGAAAUUAAAGCCGCAACUAUGCCACGAUAUUCGGAUAUUCCAGUGGCGACUCCAAGAAGCGUAAGAGCCAGUUCCAGAAUAACGACACAGUCGCUGGACAGAAAAUUGCUGAUGAAUCCGAACGAAGCGGAUCGUUCGCCAGUUUUAUGCAACAAAUAUGCUUUGGAUGAUUUGGAACACGAAACGUCGAGAUGGCAGUUACCUCCAAAUAAAGUCGAGAACUUGGAUAAACUACAAAGCAACGAAACGGCCGAAGAGUUGGAUGGCGUUGAAAAGCGAACUUCUUUUAAUCCCAGAUCUUUGCCGAGAAGAUGCCUUUCUGUGGAAGGAGCCACGACGACGAAUCAUAGAAUGAGUUCGUCGUCAGGUCUCCGACCAGCUUCGAUUUAUUUGGAAAUGGAAUAUAUGAAAAGAUCGCAGUCUACCAAAAGUAGACGCACCAGGAGCAAUUAUUCCGUUGCGCGUUCUUACAAACGAGGACCGCCGCCGUCGCCGAGGAUUAUGUCGCCAAUGGGAUUUGCUGUACAUCGACAGGUUUACUCCGACGAUAUUGAUUUUGACUACGAUUAUUAUACUGCUGCAGAUGACCAAGAAAGACAGCCGAUCAAGCCCGUGCCUAUUUGGCUGUGUGUCUUUCUGGUCGUCAGCUACAUACUUGGCGGCGCUUUCCUCUUCAGCAAGUGGGAAAAGUGGCAGUUCCUCGAUUCAGCUUACUUCUGUUUCAUCACGUUGACUACUAUCGGUUUUGGCGACUUUGUACCACAGUUGGAUGCACAGAAAGGUAUCGCCCUUUGUUCCCUCUACCUGUUAUUUGGAAUUGCCUUGCUGGCAAUGAGCUUUAAUCUGGUGCAAGAGGAGGUCAUCAACAACGUGAAGAGCGUCGCGAAGAGGCUGGGUAUCAUCAAAGAGACCGACGAAGACGAAGAGGAGGAAGAGGAGGAGGAAGCAGAGAACUACGACGAAUACGACGCCGAGUACGAAGAUGAGGUCUACGAAAAUGAGCCCAAGCUCUGACCUCGCGGUUUUCAGUUUCCUAUUCGUCGAGAUCGACGACACGAGUCAUCUGUCUUCGUAUACGUGGUAUAUACAAUUAGAUCCAAGGGAUAAUUUCUCCGUUCAUCUCGAUCGACAUAUCGCAGUUAGUAAUUUCGUUGCGUAUAAACAAAUCUGAUUUUCUGUCGAGCGACAAUUCCCAAUUGCGAAUAAUCUCUUAUUGUUAGAUUAAUUUAUAAACACUAUUACAAUUUAUCUCAAUUACUUUUUUCCAUUUAUAGAUACUCCGUUACUUAUUCAUUAUCUGACACAAUGAAAUGACAAAUGAAAUACUAUCAUUAAGAGUGUUACUAUUAUUUAUUGUAUACCAAUGGAACAAUGGUGAAGAGAGAAACUAUAAUUGCAAACAUUGCGAGAAAAAUAAUGCUGUGUAUAAUAUUGUUGUAUAUACGUACGGUAUAUAUACAAGUCUGAAAAUUAGUUUCUCUAAAUAAAUAAGAGAACAAUAGUGGAAUGCAAUUAAA